CGCCCUCGCCCUCCCAUCCCCUUCGUCUCCGCCGCCUCGCCCAUCGCCAUAGCCGAUUUCCUCCCCUCUCAAGUUCCUCCGGGAGAUGGACCCCGACGCAGGCGCGGGCGCGGAGAUGAAGGGGGGCGUCGGCAAGCAGGUGAUGGCGAUCCUCGUCGGCCCCCCGGGCAGCGGCAAGUCCACGUUCGCCGAGGCCGUCCUAAACGCCGCCAGCGGCCGCCAGUGGGCCCGCGUCUGUCAGGACACAAUUGGAAAGGGCAAAACUGGGACCAAGAUACAGUGCUUGAAGGCCGCAGCAGACGCUCUGAAGGAGGGAAAGAGCGUUUUCAUUGACCGGUGCAACUUGGAACGUGAGCAGCGUGCUGAUUUUGUGAAACUUGGCUCCACUCUACAAUCGGAUGUGCAUGCUGUUUUCUUAGAUCUCCCUGCGAAGGUUUGCAUCUCGCGCUCAGUUAGCCGAACGAACCAUGAAGGGAAUGUGCAGGGCGGGAUGGCUGCCAUGGUUGUGAACCGCAUGCUCAAGAAGAAGGAGACGCCCUUGCUCACUGAAGGUUUCAGUCGGAUCAUGGUCUGUCAGGAUGACGAUGACAUUAAGAAGGCAGUUGACACAUAUAGGGCAUUAGGGCCUUUAGAUAGUCUUGCUUCAGGAGUGUUUGGUCAGAAGAGUAAAGCGCCUGUACAAGCUGGUAUAAUGAGAUUUCUAAAGAAGGUAGAUACCUCUAGUGCUGAAAAAUCCAGUGGAGCUAUGCUUUCAUCAAGUGGUAGAAAGCCAGGGCAGCAAGGUACAUCACCAAAACAGGUCAACCUUGAAGCUGUUGGCGCCUCUUCAAUGGAAGUAGAAAACAAGUCGAAGAACAUGAAAAUAAAUGAAGGAAAGAGUAAAGAAAGUGUUUCUUCUGACAUCAAUUUGCACACUCUAGCAUUUCCAUCAAUUUCUACUGCUGACUUCCAGUUCGAUCUUGAGAGAGCGUCUGAGAUUAUAGUGGAUACAGCUUCUGAAUUUGUGCAGAAGCAUGAUAAUGGAAGACUAGUUCUUGUGGACUUGAGUCAGAAAUCAAGAAUAUUGUCGUUGGUCAAGGACAGGGCUGCUAAGACGAACAUUGACUCUGGCAGAUUUUUCACAUUUGUGGGGGACAUCACCCAAUUGAAGUCAAAAGGAGGUCUUCAAUGCAACGUGAUUGCUAAUGCUGCCAACUGGAGGUUAAAAGCAGGAGGUGGAGGGGUUAAUGCAGCAAUAUUUAAUGCUGCUGGAGAAGAUUUACAGCGUGCAACCAAGGAAUGUGCUGACACAUUGAGACCUGGUAGCUCUGUUGCCGUUGCGCUUCCAUCUAGUUCCCAUCUGCAUCAACAGGAAGGAGUGACCCAUGUCAUACAUGUUCUUGGACCAAAUAUGAACCCAAUGCGGCCAGAUUGUCUGAAGAAUGACUAUACCAAAGGGUGUAAGAUUCUUCAUGAUGCAUAUACUUCACUUUUUGAGAACUUUGCAUCCAUCGUCCAGAGCCACACGGUGAAGCAGAAUGAUGAAACUUCAUCAAAGAAGUCAGCGUCUGAAGUGAUAUCACCUAAUGAUUCAAAAAUGAAGCGACAGGACAGCCAUGAUUCUGAAAGGGCCAAGAAAUAUAAGUUGCUUCCACCUAUUUUGACAUCAAGGCAAAACCAUGAGCACAAAGGGAGUAAUACACAAAAUUAUAAUGAUAAGUCCACUGGAUCGUCUGAUGCUCUGAAUCAAACUAGAGAGGAAGACAGCAAGAAGAAUGGUGCGGUCACCAAUAAGACCUGGGGAUCCUGGGCACAGGCUCUUUACGAGGUUGCCAUGCACCCAGAAAAAUACAAGAACUCAGAUUCUAUCCUGGAGACAUCUGAUGAAGUUGUUGUUCUAACGGACCUCUAUCCAAAGGCCAAGAAGCAUGUGCUGGUGAUAUCUAGGAGAGAUGGUCUUGAUUCUCUAGCAGAUGUCAAGAAAGAGCACCUGUCUUUGCUGAGGAGUAUGCAUUCAGUUGGGGUGAAGUGGGCACAGAAGUUCCUAGAGGAAGAUGCAUCUCUGAUAUUUAGACUUGGAUAUCAUUCGGUUCCAUCCAUGCGGCAGUUGCACCUUCAUGUUAUAAGUCAGGAUUUCAACUCACCCAGCUUGAAGAACAAGAAGCACUGGAAUUCCUUCACCAGCGCGUUCUUCCUUGACUCUGUCGAUGUCAUGGAGGAGAUCGACCAGCAAGGAUCCGCAACCAUCAGCCCUGACGAGAAACUUCUUGCAAUGGAGCUGAGGUGCCACAGAUGCAGAAGUGCCCACCCGAACAUCCCCAAGCUCAAAUCCCACAUCGCAGCCUGUAAGUCCUCAUUCCCCUCCCAUCUUCUGAAGAAGGACAAGCUGUUGUCGUCAGAUUCAACACCGGGUAUGGACUGCGCUUAGAAGAGUGAACUCAACAGAACAGAAUGAUCCUUGUAAGCACAUUUUGCAUUUCGUGCUGUUAGAAAGGAUGGACCACUUAUGGGUUUCUCUGCCAAUGUUGCACAAACAACUUCCUCUGACGUUUGCUGAGCUUUUGUAAAUGUUCAUGUCCUAUUCUGCAUUCCAU